AGUCAUAGACUUGGCAUUAUGGACAGUGAAGGUGUGAUACGGGCACAUGGUUCAAGUGACAAAGGAGCAAUAGCACAACUGUUCAGCAGACAGUUGGUCAAAGGAGUGACUUUACUUGUCUCUUUGGCCAGUUGUAAUGUUGUGGUAAGAAUGGAAAGACUCAUUGACGAUGUCGACAAACGUCUGCAAAUGUACCAAGUUCACGGUCCGACUCUGGAAACUACCAAGCGUACUAUGCACUCCAGACAAGAGGCAUUCCUCUACGUCUCCCUGACAUUAUGA